AAACCAGCAUCUGGAUCAAGACUUUACUACAUCUUCAUCCUUCACCACAUCCUCCUCUUUGGCUCAGAGAAGCAGGACCAGACGAAGAAAAGAGGCUGAGAGCCGACUCACCCACAGCCACGAGGGGCCGAGAACACCAGGAGGAGUCGUAUGAUGGUCGACAAUGACGGGCUGAAUGACAGAGAGCUGUCGACUGUGGUGCAGAAGCUUUGGGACAACGACGUCAACCGACUCACGCCCGGAAAAGACUACAGGAUCUCUCUGCAGGGCAAAGCUGGGGACAGCAUGGGCGUCAGCGACAGUGACGCGGCAGGAUUUCCUCUGUUUACGUUUGUUGAUGAGAACAUUUUCAAAAAGGAGACAUUUUUAGCUUUUAUCUCCCUUCUGGAUAACUAUGAAAGUGACACCGGUGAGCCAGAGAUCGUGACUCCUGAGGAGGUGGCAGAGAACCACAAGUUCCUGGACUCCAUCGUUCAGACCUCCACUAUGAAGAUCGCCCAUAAAUACCUGGUGGAGAAGCGUCUCUCUCCUGAAGAUGACACAGCUUUCAAGGAGCAGCUGUACAGGAUCUGGUUUGAGCUCUAUGCAAGGAGAGGCUCCAGCAGGCCAGACUCUUCAGGGUUUGAGCAUGUAUUUGUCGGGGAGACAAGAGGCGGUCGGACUGUCAUCGGCUUUCACAACUGGAUCCAGUUGUACUUACAAGAAAAACUGGGGCACAUUGAUUAUAAAGGCUACACUGCAAAAGCAAACUCACCUCAGCCUGAYGAGAACAAACACAUCCUGGCUCUACAGUUCAGCUGGAAGAACGGCAUCAAGCCCAAGGGGAGCAUCUUCAUCGGCGUCAGUCCUGAGUUUGAGUUCGCCCUGUACACUCUCUGUUUCCUCAGCUCGCCCAACGAGCGCGUCAGAGUCCAGUUCAGUUUGUAUGAUGUGGAGAUUGUUUGUCACCACUACAACCAAAAGCACAUAGGCACCACCUACCCUGUGCUCCUCAGGUACCAGCAUCCUCACUGACUUGACUGGGAGUCAGUUUGAGACAUAACCUCUCUAACACUUGAGCUUACAAAGUGUCACGGGUAUUGUUUUUGUCUUUUUAUUUUAAAGAUACAAUAAAACUCCUCAAGACCCAUCUGC